GUCAUUCAGGUAUAUUCGGGUUGAGGCUUUGUCUUUCAUUUUACCGGCUAACUACAUCUGAUACUUGCUGACUUUUUCAAGGAAGGGAACAGAAAACCUAUUGGAAAACUUUACUUAUCUGACUAAUCAAGCUGUCCCCGGUUUGUGGAUCUUCUGCUCUUCCGCCCUGUGACUGUUGAAGAUUGUCCCUGUGUUGUUGCCGUCAUGCCGGGCGUCGUGGACCGAAUGGAGCUGAAGAAAGUAUCCACUCUGGAUGAUGACAGUCAAGACAGUCUGGAUGACCACUACCCCGACCCCAUAGACUCUGAGAAGGCCACCAUCAGCAGCAGUCAGUAUCUGGAUGACAACGAGGAUGCAGAGAGUCAGAAGUUUCUGUCAAAUGGACUCAUGAAGAAGAAGAAGUACGAGGAGUACCAUGAAGAAUAUCAUCCUGGACACGCCUCCUUCGGCAUGUCCGUCUUCAACCUCAGUAACGCAAUCAUGGGCAGCGGUAUACUGGGACUGUCCUACGCCAUGGCCAACACUGGCAUCAUACUCUUCACUGUCCUAUUGAUUGCAGUGGCCAUUCUCUCACUCUACUCUGUGCACCUCCUGCUGAUGACUUCUAAAGAAGGAGGCUCACUAAUCUAUGAAAAGCUGGGGGAGAGAGCUUUCGGAUGGCCAGGAAAAAUGGCAGCGUUUGGCUCGAUUAUAAUGCAGAACAUAGGAGCCAUGUCAAGCUACCUCUUCAUUGUGAAAUAUGAGUUACCAGAAGUCAUCCGAGCAUUUUUAGGACUGGAGGAAAUCUCUGGUGAAUGGUACAUGAAUGGAAACUACCUGGUGGUGUUUGUGUCUAUCGGCAUCAUUCUACCUUUGGCCAUGUUGAAAAACCUCGGUUACUUGGGCUAUACCAGCGGAUUCUCAUUGACAUGCAUGGUGUUCUUUCUGGGAGUGGUGAUCUAUAAGAAGACUCAGGUUCCGUGCCCUCUGCCGUACCUCUACCACAGCUCGGCCAACUUCAGUUCAAACAUUUCGGACAUGCACAGUUAUAACAGCACGGGGCUAAUGGACUUCUCCAGAGCCGAUGUGUCCCCUGUGCACAGUACCCCAGAUGCCCACCACACCACUGGGAUACAGUUCGAACCACAUCCUGAUGCAGAGGAGAUGUGCACACCCAAAUACUUCAUCUUCAACUCGCAGACGGCCUACACUGUCCCCAUCCUGGCCUUUGCUUUUGUGUGUCAUCCAGAGGUGCUGCCUAUCUACAGUGAGCUCAAAGAUCGCAGCAGGAAAAAGAUGCAGAAUGUCUCAAACCUGUCCAUCUUGGCUAUGCUGAUCAUGUACAUGCUGUCCGCCCUGUUUGGAUACCUCACCUUUUAUGAAAAUGUAGAGGCAGAGCUGCUCCAUACAUUUACAAAGGUCUAUAAAUUUGAUACGAUGUUGCUUUUGGUGCGUUUGGCCGUACUGACUGCAGUGACCCUGACUGUGCCGAUUGUUCUUUUUCCGAUCCGUUCGUCCAUCACCACUCUUCUGUUCAGUGGCCGUGAGUUCAGUUGGAUCAGACACAUGCUCAUCGCUGCUGGGAUCCUGGCCUUCAACAACCUCUUGGUCAUCUUUGUGCCAACCAUCAGGGACAUCUUUGGCUUCAUCGGGGCCUCUGCUGCCACAAUGCUCAUCUUUAUUUUACCUUCUGCCUUCUACCUGCGCCUGGUCAAGUCAAAACCUAUGAGCUCACCGCAAAAAAUUGGGGCGGCCAUCUUCCUCGUGGUGGGAGUCAUCUUCAUGAUUGGCAGCUUGUCCCUCAUUGUUCUCGACUGGGUGCACAACCCACCAGGUUCUGGCGGCAGUCACUAAAAACAAACAGUUUUACUGAAAACUCGAACCGUGCAGCGAAAACCAAUCACCUCUUUUUUUGGAGUAAGCCCUGUUAUUCUCUAUGGGGAGGAUAGCAGCUUUGUCUUUUCUACAUUAAACAUGGUUACAGUAUUGACUCAUAUGCUGCAGUGGGAAGACAUCAACACAUAUCACUGGAGGAAUACUAAAACUUUCUUUGUUGCUGCGAAGUACAGGAUGUGAAAUAAUUGAACCAUCCCUAUAGAGGGAGGGAGACAUCCAACAUGGCAUCUGUACCACCAAGAAGGCAUCAUGAUUGAACAAGGUUAGCUAUGAAGAGACAGUGGCACCAGUGACCAUACCUCCUGUGCACUUGAAGACACUUGGAAAUGAUGUAAUGUCCAUUGAGACAAAAACAAAGCACUUCUUAGCGUUGGCUUCCACUUUGAACGUGAAGUGGAGCAGCCAAUCACAAAGCAAUCAACUUCAUAUAUGCGGUUGGUCCGUUAGGCCUACCCAAAAAUAAUCAGUUUAUUAUAAGGCUGGAAUCCUCUUAUCAAGGGGAUAGAUUGUGCACAUUAUAGAUAUCCCAGUAUUACUAUGACACAGAAAUCCGUCAAUAUGAAUGUACAGCAUGCUAGAUAGUGGAUAGUCUCCAUACUGCCUUUUUAACCGAACAAUGAACCAACGUUUUUUAAUAAGUGAUUUUGAUUGGCUUUGCAUUACUUCCCCCCCAAAAAAUGUUAGCCUAAUUUAUUUAAGUUAUCCAAAUCAAGUAUGACAAAUUGAUGAAUUAUUAAAACCAGCUAUAUGCCAUUAUCAACACACGAGCCAAGUACAAUCACUUCAUCUGUGCCAUAAAAACCAAGCAGCUUUAUAAUCCUCAAAUGUUCUACUUAAGAAUAAUUUAGUUUAUAAGUGUAGAUUUGAAUAGUUUUUUCUAACAUUUUAGUAGGCCUACAUGCAUUAUUAUGUACUCAAAGUGCCUGAAUUGAAUGUGUCCAAAGUAAAAUCGCUAAAAGAGCUUUCUAAUUUGAAUCAAGUUAAAAUCAAUUGAUAGUCAAAAGAUAACAAAAUAUUACAAGUACUUAAUCAACUAAGUAAACAAAAUAAUUUCCCUUCAUUGCAAAAGCCAAAUUGUUUUUAAAAAGGGUCAGGGGCACCUCGGUACAGAGCUGAUUCAAUUCACCUCAAAGUUGAUUUAAUCAUGAGCACAGACUGUUGGGUAAUUACAAUAAGAACUUUCACUUAAAAGUUUAUCGUGUGACAAAUUGAAGUUAGUGGAUUUUAAUCAAGCUAAUGCGUGUGCUGAAAAACAGUAGCAGCGUUAGACCUUGUAUUGGUUGAGUCCAAUUGAGAUUCAGAAUUACAGCAAAUUUAUAACAAACUAAGACUGCCUCUAAUUCACUGCAUCAUAUACAUAAAAGAUAAUGGUUAUAUAAUAUCCAUGUAUCUGUGUAUUGUUUACCACUUUAGUGAGAGCCAGAGCCAGCAAAAAGUCUUCCCUCACCCCAGACACUUCCUCCAGCUCCAUCAGGUGAUUAUCAAGGCAUUGUGGCAAAUCUACAUUUUAGCUAAACAACUUAGAAUAUGAUAACAUGUUUUUGAGAGCCACAUAGUAAACAAUGAAAUAAUAUUACCCCCUGUACCACAUUUAUACACGUUAGGGUUCACUCUUGUUAUACAAAACCUAUUAUGUGGUGUGCCUUGGGUCAGUUUCCCCCACAGGUAAAUAUAUAUUCUGGUGCCUCCUUUCACCUCUCUCUGCCACGUUACAUCCCGUGAACACAUCCAGCCAAAGUGGACAACCUUUUAUAGAUCCUUUGUGGAUCUAUGUACAUGAGUCGAAUAGAUAUUUCAAAUGAAAUAGUGUAUUAUGUGCAUGUUUUUGGAUUCAAACUUGGUCUUUUUGGACAUUUGUAUAUGCUCUGUAAAUAUUAUUUUAUGGUACACUGACAGUUUGUUUGUGUGGGUUGUAAGGGGUUGUUCAGCCUUAUUCAAGUCUUUGGCAAUCCACUGUUAUGUUUUAGUACAUACUAUAUAUAUCUAUAAAUAUAUUGUGCUUUAGUUUUUGCUCUUGCUGUAUGACAGUACUGUUUUCCCUUUCUUUUAAGCUUGUAUAUUUGUAGAAUUAUCUAUCUAUCUAUCAUUUUACUAUUUUUAUCUAAGCAGUCUAUUUCAAGCUAUGAUCGUGUUUGUGGGCUCCUCUGACCAAAAUUCACUUGAAGUCAAAGUAUUUCUUGCAAACAGUGCCAUAUCACUUUUAAAAGUACAGUAACACUAUAAGCUGAGUUCGCAUUUCAGUGUAAUCGUCAGUGUAAUUGUCAAUGUAACUAAAUGCAUGCAAAGUCUCACUCACUGCUGUCAUGCAAUUGUCGUAAAAGUUUUAGUGGGGUUUACUUGACUUGAGGUAUGACUACGUUACUUGAAAUGGCUCAUUCUCUGAUCGCAAUGAAUGUUUAAAGUAAUUUUCAUGAUUAUUCUAAGUGAUUAUGAUUGUAAUCCCUGUAACUAUAUAAUGUGGCUUGUUCCUGCUAAUUAUGGUUGUUUAGAUUCUGGUCAGACAAUUAUACUGCAUCUUAUAAAUUAGUUUUUAAAAAUUGUCGACUAAAGUUCAAAUUGAAUUUGCUCCAAAUAUAUUAGGUUGUUCAUGAGUUUUAGAAUGAUUACAAAUAGGACAGCUGAUUAUCAAUCCAAAAAAAGAGUGUAUUAUGGUAGGAAAUUUCUUGAUUGGCUUGUUUUUUAUUAACUUGAAGGUAUUAUAUUACACUUAUUCAGGAAUGUGUUUACUGUUUAUUUUAACGGCACAUAAACGAAGACACAUAUUAUAUUAAAUGAAAUUGUAUUCACACCAUUGAAUUUUGAUUGGAGUCAAAUACUGUUCAACCCUAUGUUAGUCAUUUGUCUGAACAGAACCACUUGAGCCACUUGUAAUCAACCUUUUGAAUGUAAUAAUCAUAUAACAGUUAAAUUGGUUUUGAUAAUGCCCAUUAUAAUGAUUGUUAGGAAAUCUUAAUGAUCCUAUGAUUGAUUUGCAAUUACAUAAAAUGGGUAAUUGAAUCUAAUUAUAAAAAUGUAUAAUGUUGGGUUAAAUAGCAGGAUGCCACAAUGCAUGAACCCCAGUUUAUAUAGACUCAGGUUUUGACCCAAAUACCUGUCCCCUUUUUCACCUGUUCUCCCCUUUGCUUGAUUGAGCCGAGCUGUACAAUACUGUGUAUAUAUGUGGGCAUUGGACCUGUGGUUGCGGUCCAUAGCCUUCAGUAGACAGUGCUUGUAGAGAUAGCUACACACCUGCCUUAUUUUUCUAUGGAGCCUUGGCCGGGAGGAGCUCGGUCUCCUCUGGAUCAGGCUGAACAUUCACGUUUGUAUUUUGAACCCAAUCAAAGGGGAUGUUUUUGUAUCAGUGACGCUGUUUUGUUAUGAUGAAUACAAUUAAAAUGUGAAAGAGACGUAUGUGUCGCUG